GCUUGAUACUUAAUUAUAAAAGUCUAAUUUUUUUUUAUUACACUGGGUUCCUCAGUUUCAUACAUAUUUUUUCUUGAGUAUCGAAAAUGGAUAACAAUAAAUUGAUACUGAAACAAUUUCACAAUUGUAACAUUCUACGGGAUGGCAAGAUUAUAAAUGAAGAUUUAUGGGUUCGUGAUGGAAAAAUUAUAAAUCCUGAAAAAAUUUUUUACGAUGAAAAAAUUUUACCUGAUUGUAGAAUAGAUUGUCAAGGCGCACUAAUUUCACCAGGUUACAUAGAUUUACAAAUCAACGGUGGUUUUGGUAUAGAUUUUUCACAUAAUAUCGAGAACGUCGAAGAAGGUAUAAACAAGAUAGCAAAAAAUUUAUUAGCAUAUGGUGUUACAUCAUUUUGUCCUACAUUAGUUACAUCUCCUAGUGAUACAUAUUACAAAGUACUGUCAAAGAUAAAAAAACAAAACGGUGGUAAUCACGGAGCAACUAUAUUAGGUGUUCAUUUAGAAGGUCCAUUUAUAAGUCUUGAUAAAAAAGGUGCUCAUCCUGCAAAAUAUAUUAAAAAUUUUGAACAUGGUUUUAAAUCGUUAAUUGAUAUGUAUGGCAUUUUGGAUAAUGUUUGUCUUCUUACAUUAGCUCCAGAAAUUCCAAAUGCCAUGUCUGUAAUCAAUGAAUUAUGCAAAAGAAAUAUUAAAGUUUCAGUAGGACAUUCUAUUGCUAGUUUAAAUGAAGGAGAGGCAGCAGUAAAACAUGGAGCCACGUUUAUUACACAUCUUUUCAAUGCAAUGUUACCAUUUCACCAUCGUGAUCCAGGAUUAGUUGGCUUAUUGACAUCCGAUCAAAUACCACCUGGAAAGAUUGUUCAUUUUGGCAUCAUAGCUGAUGGUGUUCAUACUCACCCUGCAGCAUUAAGAAUUGCACAUAGAACACAUCCUGAAGGACUGGUCCUUGUAACUGAUGCAAUAUCAGCAUUGGGUUUGAAAGAAGGUGUACAUCAAUUAGGCCAGCUUGAUAUAGAAGUACGUAAAGGGCGUGCCUAUAUUGCUGGUACCAAUACUCUUUGUGGCAGUGUGGCUGAAAUGUCUGAAUGUGUACGUAUUUUUAAGGAAGCAACAGGCUGCUCAGUAGUUGAAGCCUUAGAAGCUGCAACCUUGCAUCCAGCAAGAGCACUAAAAAUUGAAUCUAAAAAAGGUGUAUUAAAUUUUGGUGCUGAUGCUGAUUUUGUUUUACUAGAUGAUAAUCUAGAACUCCUAUCUACAUGGAUAUCAGGAGAUUGUGUUUAUACUAAAUGCAAAUCUACCUUGCAGUCUUCAUGAAAAAUUUUGUCAGUAUGAGAAUAUUAACAUUAUGAAA